ACUGGUGUGUAGGCAGCUCGGUCUAUCACCUAGGAUGAACAAAAAAAUGGGCUGGACUUGCAAUGGGCCGCCUUUGUUCACGCAUUAGUUGGAGGCGGGGCGUUUCUGUCCCGCAUUGCGCCUAAACGCGCCUUAGCGGCGCCUUUCCCCGUGUUUUAGAACACUGGUUAGUACUACUUAUUCAGCAUUAGUUUGGAAAAAAUCUCACGAUGAGAAGCGGUUUUAUGACUCUCCAAGUCCAUUUGAUGCGUGGGAAAGAAGAUUGAACUUUGAAAGUGGCGAGGAUAUUCAUGGACUAAGAAGCGCUGAUUGAUCUGGGACUGAUCCAGAGAGCGAUGUUCCAAGCCUCACCGCCCACGUGGCAGUCUGCCAUUCUCAGCAACAUCAUCUUUUUGAUGGUGGGUAGCCCAGUUCUGGUCACUGGGCUGUCUUUUUCAGGCAUAGUGGCUGCUUUCAUGCUCGGAGUUCUCACCUGGCGCGCUUUUGGACCCUCUGGCUUUCUUCUCCUGGCAACAUAUUUCGUAAUUGGCACAGGAGUGACUAAAGUGAAAAUGGCAGAGAAGGAAGCUGAGGGUGUUGCAGAGAAGAGGAAAGGAAGAAGAGGACCAGGAAGUGUGAUUGGUUCCAGUGCGGCUGGUUGCAUUUGUGCUUUCCUGACAAUUAACAGGAUUGGUGGGGACGUAUUCUCCCGGUUAUGGGACCUUGGUUUUGUAGCUAGUUUCUGCACUAAGUUGAGUGAUACCGUCUCAAGUGAGAUAGGGAAGGCAUAUGGUAAAACCACAUACCUCAUUCCAACGUUGAGGGUAGUUCCAAGGGGAACAGAAGGGGGUAUAAGUGUUGAAGGGACUUUUGCUGGACUUUUAGCUUCAGUUAUUCUUGCUUCUGUUUCUUGUAUAAUGGGUCAGAUAGAUAAAGCUGAAGCAGUUAUCUGUGUGGUGGCCUCCCAGAUAGCCAACUUAAUUGAAAGUUUGGUAGGUGCCACAUUACAGGAGAAAGAAGGGUUUCGAUGGCUAAACAAUGAUGCCGUGAAUAUAAUCAACAUAAUAAUGGGCAGCAUUUUUGCAAUCCUAAUGCAACAAAUGAUGCUCCCAAGAAGCAAUGAUUAGACAGUGUACAGAAACACUUUGGUUCUUCUAAGAAGAAAUGUUUGAGGGUUCUCUCUCUCUCUCUCUCUCUCUCUCUCUCUCUCUCGUGAGAAAGAACUGAUUUUUUCGUGUAUUUGGUAAGUAAAAUUACACUAUCGGAUUACAUACAAGUCUUCUUAAUGGGGAAUUAUUUCUAGUUUAUAGUUUUAUACUUGUAACAUAUGCAAGCUUUGUUAAAUUAACUAAAACUCAACAGUGCAGCUCUCUUUCAUUUAUAUUUACAACAGUGUAUGAACAAAAAAUCUUUGUGCUAUAGUUUUGUAUUGGUGUGGACAACAUUGUGGAAGUGCUUAUGGAGCGAGUGUGCUUCUUUAGGAACAUUCAUGAUUUACUUCUUUUAAAAGAGAUUGGCUUCUUUCAAGUUUCUAAGGUGAUGGCAUAUGGGGCCCUCGUGGUUGAAGGUUUAACAGAUGAUGAAAAAUGAUGGGCAUACCUCCCUUUUGAUGGUUGUAGUAACAAGGCACAAGCUAAGCAUGACAUUCCCCAAAUGCUCUGACAUUAAUUCUAUUGUACUUUUAGUCACUCAAAUAGUACCGAUAUUGAAAUGUAAUUCACGUGUUUUCUAAUUUGUAAAUGUCAUCGCUCAGUUGUAAAUUGCUGUACAUGUGGAUUGCUGAAAUGGCGAAGACUACAUUUACAUCAAUUCAGACAAUUGAAGGGUUACAUUACAGACUUGAAAACAUGUGGAAUGCAUUUCAAUAUCAGUACUAUUUGAGAGACUAAAGAUGUGAUUUUCUCAUUCUCUAUAUUUAUGCAUGUGUUGGAUAUACGAACAGGGGUGGAUUCGAGCCGGGUCGGGUCCGGGCCGGGCCUAGGCCCGGGCGGGCCGCUGGUUCUGAAUAGUUGGGCUGGGGACCGGCCCGGAUAGCUACCGGGUCUGGGCCAGGCCUCGGGCCUCUUUACACACACACACACACACACACACACACACACACACACACACACACACACACACACACACACACAUAUAUAUAUAUAUAUAUAUUUGCUUUUUCUAAUUAACCCCCGACUCCCCCCCCCGUCACCCCCCCCCCCCCCCCCCAACACCCAGCCCAACCCGUUAAAAUUGAUUUUGGCCUGAACCGGGCCCAGGCCCGGCUGGGCCUCAUUUUGGCAGCACCAUGCCCGGAACCGUCUCCCCCUCGGGCCGGGUCAAAGCCCGGUACCCGGACCGGUGAACUGGGCCGGUCCCGGGCCCGCACAGUAGCGGGCCGGGUGGCCCGACCCGAGUCCACCACUAUAUAAUGAAUAUACGAUAGAUAAGCAAAAAAUUCCAAAAAGAAAGCGAAAAAAAUCCCAAGAAUAUUUACUACAAAACCCCAAGUGGCUUUUGAACAUUAAAUUGUAAAAUUGAUAAAGAUAUUCAAUGCCGAUUUUUUAAUGACAAAAACGGAUCCCAAACCUCAAACAUCAAAUUUGUUCAUCAGUUCGACUACGUACCAGUUUACACUUUACACUUGGUUGAAACAGCCCUGGUCCCCAUCCAUUUGCGUAUCUACUAAAAAAAAUCUUUACAGGACAACAAUGAAUACUCUUGGGCUAUUAAAUUUUUGACGCUUACAAAAAUAUCGUCCAAGCUAUCAAGAGUCUUCAUUCUGGUCAUUUGUGGGUUAGACAUUGACGCUUAAAAAACACUCCGUAUCAUUCAAACUAUGAGGACAUAUGUAAAAAAUGUUUGGAGAUCUUCUGGCAUUGCCUUUUUACACAAAAUACUAUGUUGAAAUCAUAAACCCCGCGUUUAAACUUUAAAUCAUCCCAACUCCCAAGUGAAUCCAUUCGAUAAGCCGUGUCUAAGAAAAUUCUCUAAAGUCCACAUUUUAAGGAUUUGUUUAAGCCAUUGUAUGUAUCAUCAAGACAUUACUACUACACGAUCUUAAACCAUUUGAUACAACAGAUUGAAACACUCUAACAACUGUCAUGACAAGUUCGGCACAUUACAUUUCCAGCAAUCACUUUUGCCGUGGCCCGUGGGAGAGGAGAUUAUCGAAACAUGAAGUCAUGAAUAUAAAAAUUGAAAGGUUCAUGGAUUGCGACCUAGGUUUGACAGCUGCUAGGCAAGACGAAAUAUCAGUUGGAGCUUCAACAUGGGUGUUAUGAUGAAAUAUUCAUCGAGGAUUUCAAGGGCAAACCACCCAACAUCACUUCCCUUCUUGAUGAAAUAUUCAAUAACCUUGUGAGGCUUUGUGAUGUUAACUUAAAAUGGGACGGUAAACCACUCCUUAUUUCAUUGGUAGGUGCUAAGUUGAAAAAUGCGUCUUUUUUAAAGUUUAGUAUGUUUUUGAAUGAUAACUUUAUAUGUACAUGAGUUGAUCUGCCAA